AUGAAUCCCGAGGAUGUUACCACCGGCUUCCAGCAUCCCAAGGUGUUAAUGUUCAUCAACGAGCAAAUAUCCAAGCACUCCAGAGGCCCGGAGUUCUACCUGGAGAACCUGACCCUGUCCUGGGAGGAGGUGGAGGCAAAGCUCAACGUCCUCCUGGACGGUUGCGAGGUGCCUCGGGAUGUUCAGGAGGCCUGUGCCUGGAGCACCCUGGCCUUGGGGGUUCGCUUUGCUUUCAGGCAGGGCCAGUUGCAGGGGCGCAGACUGCAGUGGCUGCAUGAGUUCGCCAGCCUGCACCGGUCGGCGGCGCAUGCCCUGGCCACGGACCUGAAGAGGCUCAUGGACCAGCACGAGAUGGAACGCAAGGAGGCGGCCUACCAGCUUCAUUUGGCCCACACCAAACUCGCAGAGGUGCAGAGAGAGCGAGACCUGAUGAGACUGAAACUACUACACGCAGAGCUGAGGGCUGUUCCAGUUGCACAGAUGCCAAUCAUGACUAGUGUCCCUGCUGCUGUUGUUCCUCCUGCUGUAGCUGCUGCUGCUGCCGCCGCCGCCGCUGCCGCCGCGGCUACAGCUGCUGCCGCCACUGGAGGGGCACAGACAGGGCCAGAGAUACAAAAUGCAGGAGAGAAAGAAGAGGUGACAGCUAGUCAAAGAGCAGAGUGUAAACCAGAGGAGAUGGAAGGGGCUCGAUACAUGGCUGCUGCUAGGGCAUCCACAUGGGCGAUGGAAGGAAGCACCUCGGAGCAUCUUGGAGCUAUGCAGUGGAAAACUUAUCCCCAGAGCUUAGAGGGGCAGGAGGAGGGGGAAGGCAAAUCUAUGGGAACACCCACAUGUCCUGACUCCAAGCCAUUGGGGUCUGGGUCGGAAGGCUCCCCACAACCUGUUACAAUCCAACUCCCUGUCUCAUUUACAUACUCAUAUGAAAGCCCCUUCCCUGUCAUAUCCACUCCAUCCCCACCACUAAGAACAGUCACAGAACCUCAGAUGCCUCCCUACUUCAUGGCCACUGAUAUGAAUAUGUCCGAAACUGAGGGCCCAACAGUGUUCCUCCAAGAUCCCCCUAAAGACGGGUAUGAUAGAGGACCCCAGCAGCAGAGAAAAGCACCAUUUUGCACCCCAGGGAAUUGGGAUUGCCCUUGGUGUAAAUCUAGGAGGUUUUCAAGGAAGGAUUCUUGCUUCCACUGUGGGAGGCAAGGCUGGCUGCCAAACCCUCAGUGA